AUGGCGUCCGUGAAAGCCCCACCAUGGAGAUGCCGCGCAUGUCUCAAGACCUUGAAAGGACAGAUGCCAAGGUGUGCAUGGUGCGGUGGUCAUUGGCAACAGUGCUACGAUCCCGAUUUUGUUCCUGGAGAAGCUCAAAGAUCGAAGUCGCUGCCACGAGCGUAUCAAGACUCGUCGGCUGCAGUGCCAUGGAACUAUCAACAACCUCAGCAUUCUCAAGCGGACUGGGGUCACAAUGCAGGACAAGGUCGAGGUCAUGGAUCAGGCCGCAGUCCUCGACAAAGAUCGAGGCGAUACCGUCGUGGCAAUCAUGGGCAGCAUCAACAGUAUUCUGCCCAAGUACAGCAAGCCCCGCUACCAGCUCCUGCUCCUAUGAUGCACAAGGGCGAUGGCAAAGGGCAGACCUCUAUGAAAGGCUCUGGUGUGAGCGCUGUGCUGGUCCCUCCGCCGCCCCCACCUAUUAUUGUACCUGCUCCUCAAGGAUAUGGAAAUGCAAAUGCACCCCAAGUAGCUCCACCACCAGAUGGGAUUUGGGGUCCACAGAUCGUUGCACAAGACACUUCCUUGUAUGCUCCCUCACCGGCAGCUCCUUCAGAUGCCGAAGUACGUCUGAAAUCACUGCUGCGAGAAUUGAAGAAGGCUCCGGAAGAGUCUCUUCCAGCAGGGUUACAGGAAGAAGUGAAAAAGCAAGCAGCUCGAGAAGAAGAAUUGACAACCAAAGGGUUACACCGAGCUGUGGACAAAGUCAAGAAAGCCAAAAAGGCUGUAUCAGAAUACACCACGAUGUUUCAAACACAAGCGCAGGCGAUGCAGGAGAACUUGGACAAUGCCCUCGAAGCUCUGGUGGCAGCCAAGCGCAACUUCCACGAGCAAUCGGCACAGUUGAAGGAGAACGACACCGAGACCAUCUCCGACGACGACAAGGAGCCGCAAGACUCCGAGAUGACCUUGCAGCUCGAAAACUCCAAGCGCAUCCACGAAGGCCUGACGACUGUUGUGACCAGUCUUCAAGACCUGACAGAGAAAGCAGAGAUAGAAGAGCAAAAGGCAAAACGGCAGCGCAAGGCUCCAGAUCCCACCGACGACGAGGUUGGCGAGCUUUCCGGUUCUUCGCUUCCGUCCAUGCAGCCUUUUGGGGUUGGGACCUCUGCGGCUCUGACUGCUGAAACAUUUCAGGUUGGCAAAACGCACAGAUGCCAACGUCAUGUUCAGUUUGCAGAAGAUGUUCAUCUUGUCAUUGACCAUGAGGACACGCACAGUAGGUUCUCAGUGUCUCUGUCAGAAGAUUCCCUCUUUGGUUGGCGCACCAAACCUUGGGCUUUAGACCCUCAUACCCAUGCAUAUCAGAAAUCAUCCCUUGACUUUCAUGAUGAUCCAUGUUCUACGGUUGUGUUGAUCUCGAAAGCCUGUGGCAUUGAUACAGAUUCAGUUUCAUUUAUGCAAUUGAACGUCCCGCAGAUGACGUGUCGACGUGAACCUGACGGUCAUGCUAGGUUGACUUUGCCAGACACUCACAUUGAUGCUCUGCCUGUUGACGUUCCGAUUUUUCAAGAACAAAAUCAUGCAGGGAUUGGUGAUGCUCCAGAGGUGCAUGUUCCCGAUGAUCACUCUUCUCGUUUGUUGCAAUUUUACCGGCAAAGUGAUGAUGCACAAGAACAACACUCCUCUGUUGCCUCCUCACGCUCCGGUUAUUCUCCAAGCCUUGUACCUUCUGAAGACUUGAGACAUGAGUUUGGUUUACCCUCAUCUGAUGAUGUGACUCUGUUGCAGACAGCUGUGGUGACUUCACACCAUUCCUGCACUCAGAACCAUGAACGAUCCUCUGUGCCUGACGAUUUUGGAUGUGAUGGCUGCAAUAGUACUGACAUACGGGUUGUUUCAUCAGCAUUGUCUUCGCAUGUGCGGUCAUUGAACCAUCCGCGUAUCGAUCAGAUGAGUUUCACAGAGGCCUUCCUUCGUGCGGUCAGAGUCUUGCAGGAAACAGCUGAUGCCAUUCAAGAUCAAAACAUUGCUGCGCCGGACAUUGAGACGUAUGCACCGUGGGUGCAAGACGUUCAUGAACUUUGGACGAGGUUAGCUGUUUUGGGACCAGGUGGCGCAGAGAUUUUGGGCCGCUUGGAAACCUGGUACACCGAUCAUGAUUCAUACCAACGCUGCUACAAUUCCCGUAUAGCAGUCUUGGCAGAUGAUUAUGAAAACUGGGAGACGCAGCUGAAGCUCCUCUGGAGGGAUCGCAUCAGAUCUGAUGAGCCCAUUGAGUGCUUCUUGAUCUAUCCACCCCCAGAUGAUCGUGCUGAGCAAACUAUCGGUCAGAUGAUGAUACUUCAAAGAGCAGCUGCCUUCCAACGCUCAGUUCUUAUGUCGGUGUAUGACAGCGAGUACGACCAAGGAAGGGCACAUUCACACGCCCUGGUGAUGGGUGACCGUAUCGACAUCCAAUCGGUGACCACCAUGAUUCAAGCUGGUGAAGAUUGUCCGCCUGAUCAACCACGCAAUAUCUGUUCUCUUUGGUUCGGUACACGGCAAUUUCAUCCUCACGAACGUGCUUUUGCACGGCAUGGCCAUGCGUUUCGGUUUCUGAUUCAUCGCCGCUCACCUGACGCUCCAGCUGAUCCUCUUGCUAGUGAUAGUGAUGAUUUCCGUCAGCGAUUGAGAGCUAUGAUUGGUGAUGCCCCUCCUAGUCCUCGCAUUGAAUACAUGAUUUCGGCUCCCAAUUGGAUUCACAUGCUUCAGCGCACUUUCGAUUCUUUCGCUGUCACUGAACGUGAAGAUGAAGGCCCAGUUGCAUAUGUUGCUGCAUGGUACGUGAACUGCCAUCGACAACCUCGGUGCCAACCGCAUCGAACUGUGCGUUUGCGGUCUGACAUCUCUGCAUGGCAGCGCACACUCAUGGAAGCGUGGCGUGAUCGUCUUGAUAUGCGCCUGCGUACUGAGCUGUAUUGGGUUGACCCAGCACCACCCAACCCGCCAACACAGAAUCUGAUUGGCCAUGUGCUCAUAGUGCAAGAGCCCCGCAGAGAGCACGUUGUGGUGCUUUUGUCCGGUGUUGCUCACCUGGGCUAUCAGGAUGAUAUUCAUCACUCUGCGGUAUGCAUUCAUGAGCGACAAACCGCUUCAUCCAUUGUUGACAUUCUUCCUGUACCAUCGCAUCUGCGUAGUUUCAACUUUCAUGUUGGCAUUGGACCUCGAGAAUUUCUUCGUGAUGACUCAUAUCGCCUUGAAAAUGGCGACAACAUCGUGAUUGCUAUUGAGGUUGAGGUCCCUGUACGUGCAGAUUUGCAUCCUCGAUCAGAACCUGCUGAGACUGACGAGACCAACCUGCUGCAAAAACCUCCGAUGCCUCGAACGGUAUGUACUGCAGAUGAUCAUGGUUUCGUUGAUCCACCAGUCAGCCAGAAAGGUGAAGUGCUUCAGCUUGCCACUUUACUUCCAUCCCCAGUAUGGACUGUGGUCAACUGUCAAAGCAUUGCAGAUUUGCGACAAAGGCUUACGACUUUUCCAGCUCCACAAGUUUGCUUUGACCUGCGAGCGACGAAAUGUACUCAAGUGACGAUUGAUGCUCUGCAGGUCACACCUUUCUGGACCUAUGAGUAUCCGCUUGCUUUUGAAUUCUACACUGAUGGUGCCUUUAGCCGUGCAUGUGGCUCGGCAGCCGCAGGAGUAGUUUUGAUUGUUCACACUUCACAGGGCACACGUUUUGGAGGUUAUUUGACAUCACUGUGUGCAGCAACUGCCUCAGCCCCACGUGCAGAAGCAUCGGCUGUGAUAUUAGCCAUUCACUGGGCAUGCUACCUUGCUUUGACCCUAGGUUUUUCUCCCACGCCGGUGUCUUUCCUGUAUGAUAACAUUUAUGCUGGACGGGCUGCUCAGGGACGUUGUGCCACCACCCUCAAUAGUGAUUUGACUCUUGUUGCUCGCGCUUUGACUUUAUGGUUAGAGCAACUUUCGUUCUGCCGUGUCAGCUGGGAUCAUGUUAAGGGGCAUUCUGGUCACCCUUGGAAUGAUUUGGCCGAUUCAGUUGCAUCCACUGCUUUGAAGUCAAGCUCUGUCACCACCGACCUUUCAGCACUUCUCCAAUGUUGUUUGCAUGAAGGGUCUGACCAAUGUGCACUUUCAUGGCUUUGGCUUUACGAAAAAUCCGUUCGAGGGGAUGGUGAUGCGCCAGUUCUGCACAAACAUCAAUGGAAGUUUAAUGCGGCUGCCCCGCUUGCGCAUUUGCCUGAUUUCCAAGCUCAGCCCUUUGAACGAAGACGUGUAAGACACCAAGGCACACAAAUGUCAGCUGAACAGAUUUGCUUGCGAUUUGCCACAGCUAAUGUUCUUACCUUGUAUCCUCAACAAGAUCAUGGUGGGUCGUUUCUGGGGGCGCGACAUGGUGGUGUCCAGUUCUGGAUUGCCAAUCAGAUCAACAUAGCCCACAAAACCCUGAAGGUGUCCCAUGAACAUUUGCGUAUCAUUCAUGGUGACGAUAGGCGCCUCAUUGUCCAUUUGCGUCAUCCUCAACUUGCACUUCUUUUUCUUGUUCUUCAUGCUCCUUGUAGUGAUGAUGAAGUUGAACUCCAACGUUGGUGGGCUCAGACAAGCAAUCUGAUUCCCAAUGGUUACACUUCGUGGACCUGGGCUGUGCUAUGUGACUCCAAUGGCCGUUUGGGUUCUGUGGUCUCCAAUUCUGUAGGAGCUUGUGGUGCCGAAGAUGAGAAUAUGAGAGGUGCUGUUUUUCAUGAAUGGCUCAUUCAACAUGGUUUAUACGUGCCUCAGACCUUUGAAGAUGCUCACAUUGGAUCACAUGCCACAUGGACCCAUGCUGAAGGAGCUCAAGGACGCAUUGAUUACAUUGCUCUCUCUGACAAUCUGCGUUCAGAUGGUGUAUGCACGUGGGUUUCAGAGGACGUUGACCUUUCGCUUGCUAGACCAGAUCAUUCCUGUUUGUGUGCUGACGUCUGGAUGCUGACAGAUCGAUCUGUGGCCUCGGAUCAGUGUGAUGUUCCAGUGACGUCUUCGCACCACACCAUUACAUGGAACAGUGAUGUGCACACACACGCAUCUUACCUUCAGGUCAAUUUGCAGCACUAUUUUGGUCACAAUCCAAAACAGCAUUUGCGCAAGAAGCACCUCACUGAUGAAACGUGUGCUUUGAUUCAACGGAAGAAGAGCCUCUUUCGCUCUUUGCAAUGUGCCAAAGCGGCUGCUAGAACCGUGCGUCUGCAAGUGUGUUUUCGUAGCUGGAAAAAAUGUGACUCGAAAUCCAUCAAUUUGCCCACUAGCACUUUUCGUGCUGAUUGUGAGCUUGCUAUUUCAGCAGAGAAAUAUCGCAUGGCAUCUCUGCGUGUGUGUCACGCAGUGCGCACAGACGAUCGACGUUUCUUUGAUGACCUUGCUGAACAAACUGGCAGUGUUGCUUCUCAAGGCUUUCACCGUAUUUGGGAUGCAAUUAAGCCACUGCUUCCCCGUGCUAAAAACAAGCGCAAAAGCAACAUCCGUUGCUCUGGCCCGUCAGUUGAACAACAAGCCACACAUUUCUGUCGUCUCGAGGCAGGUUAUGAAACUGACUAUGCCCGCCUGUUAGCAGAGUGCCAUGCUCACCAGCAACUGCAGCUUGAUGAACAACCUCUUGAGUUAUCGCUUCAGCAAAUGCCCUCUCGUCUUGAUGUUGAGAACACUUUGCAGCGCCUGUCAGCACACAAAGCACCAGGCAUUGAUGGUAUCACACCUGGCAGCCUCCGUGCGGCAGGACCUGACAUCUCAGAGUCAUUGUUGCAGCUGAUCAUGAAAAUGUGGCUCGUAGGAGCUGAGCCCAUACAAUUUAAGGGCGGAUUGCUUUGCGCAAUCGCGAAAAAAUCACAAAGCCGAGAGGUGGCAAACAUGCGCGGCAUCAUGAUCAUUGAUGUUGUAGGCAAACUGGCCCACUCUCUUUUGAGGCAACGCUUUCUCCCCGCCCUUCUGAGUUGGAGAAUGCCGCUGCAGUUAGGGGGCUUCCCCGGCUGCUCAACCUUGUAUGCCACUCACUAUCUCAGAUCCUUUCAUGCAAAAGCACGAGACUGCCAGCUGCCUUCUGCUGUCUUGUUUUUAGAUGUUAAAAGUGCAUUUCAUAGCAUGAUUCGACAGAUUCUGUUUGGCUCUGGUCAUGAGUUGCCGAUUCAUCUUCAGAAGCUUCUUGAGGAGAGUGGAUGCAACCUAGAGCAUUUGCGACAUGAAAUUGAACGGACUUCAAGUUUGCUUCAUCAUGAUGUUCCCCUGGCUGACCGUAGACUUCUCCAGGAUGCGCAUGUGUACACAUGGUUUGGAUUGUCGGGCACUGAUGCUGCUUUUUGCACCUCACGAGGGAGCCGACCAGGCAGCCCACUAGCUGACGUUGCAUUUAACGCAGUUAUGGUACAUGUUCUCCGUGAUUUGCAUUCAAGGUUGCAGGAGAUGCCUGCCAUGCAAUGUGGAUUUUCAAUGCUUGGUUUGUGGGCACCGCCCAUUGCUUGGGUCGACGAUGUUGCGAUACCCAUAGUGGCCCCUCAGUGUGAUACUUUGGAAGCAUCCGUUGCCCAAGUUGCUCACACCACUCAUGAAGUUUUUCUAACAUAUGGAUUGGGACUCAAUUUCAAAGCCAAGAAAACAGAGGUUGUCCUUUCGUUUCGAUCUGCCACGGCACCAGCCCACCGCCAUGCACUGUUUGUCGAACGCCUUGGACAGAUACCCCUACCCAAUCUUGGCAUGCAUUUGCGAUGUGUUGCAUCAUAUGAGCACUUAGGCACGGUUUUUGCUGCAGAUUGCACGCUUCAAAAAGAGAUUUCCCAUCGCAAACACCGAGCCAUUCAGGCCUUUCGUCAGGUUGGCAAGUCCAUCCUCAAGAAUCGGCAUGUUAGCAUUGGCACCAGAUUGAAACUUUUUGAAAGUCUCAUUAUUCCGGUACUUCUCCAUGGCUCAGGUAAUUGGGAUUUACUGUCGCGUCGAUCCUUUCAAGUGUUACAUUCAUGCAUCAUGGGUUGGCAAAGAAUGAUUGUAAAUGAUGGAUGCUGGUCGGAGGACCAACACACCGAUUUUGCCCUUCAGUGUGAAUGGAAAUUGCCACCUCUGGCUUUGCGGUUGGUGAAAGCCAGGCUCCUUUACGCCUUCCAGUGUGCAACCAAUGGUCCACAACUUCUCCAUGAUUUUUUGACCUCCGUUGCUCAUUUGCCGCAUGGAUGGUUUGCUGCACUGCGACAGGCGCUUACCUGGCUUGCCUCUAUGGAUUCAACCUUUUGCCCCGUUGAUCUUGCUACAGCUUCUAUUGAACAAAUUUGGACUUGGUUUGGAGCACAUUGUUCCAACGGGCCUUCUGUUGUUCGACGUUUGUUCAAACAAUGUUUGAUGCAGUUUCAUGUGGUUGGUGAUGUAGUUGCCCUGCACAAACAAUUGAAAGAGGCUUUGCAACAUGGAGGUGUCAAGUUUGAGACAUCCUUUGCACCUUCGCAGUUUCCUACUGAUACGGUAUUUCCAUGCGAUUGGUGUGAGGCGCAGUUUGACAUGAAACAGAAACUUGUGGCACACAUGUGGACCGCCCAUCAACUCAUUUCUGAUGAGCGGCAGUUUGUCUUUUCGGAUACGUGUUUAGCAUGCCAUAAAUGUUUUUGGUCUGCUGCUCGCCUCCAGCAACAUUUACGACUUUCACGUAGUACCCUAGAUGGCUGCUACGCCCAGUUGACGUGGCGUUAUGCUCCACUUCGUGAGGCAUGUCACAUUGAGGUUCCCAUUGAUUUGCGAGGGUUUUCCCGUCUUCCAGCGCAGACAGUUCCUAUGCCACAGAUUGCACCUAUUGAUCUGCAGCUUUUGACUCGCGAGCAUGCAGAAGCUGCGUUGCAAAGGGCAUGGACGGCAGAAGGUUUUCCUAAUCACCUGCCAGAUGACGUGAAAUCCUCUUUUUGGGCACGUGCAGAUGCUGCACUACGCUCAUGGAAGCCAGAUGGGAGUUUGAAUGUCGAUCAGUUGAUUUUUGAUUUAACAUCCAUGGCGUUAACUGCAGAGGAGGAAUGGGCCCUAUUCUUGUGGUGUCGUCUAGCUCUUUGUUAUCGUCGGUUUUUGCAUUUGACUCCAACGGUUUUUCAGAGGGUGAAAAUGGAGAUUCAGGAGAUCGUCUUUGAAUCGCCCAUUGGCAAGCUCUUGGCCUGGCAUGUGCGUAUCACGACGGCGUACCAACCCAGGGAUGAGGCAGUAGCCGCGACGUCCGCAACUCUGCCACGCAGCCUUGAACCUCUUCUACAUCCAGUUCAGAAUCAACAGGCUUCUCUGCAACAUAUUCUUUGCUCCAUUACACAGGUACCAGAACCUCUUCCCGUGCCCAUCACCUGGGAGAAUGGACAACCCAUUAUUUGGGUGCUGCAUCUCUUUAGUGGACGAAGGCGCCGUGGUGACUGUCACUUUUGGAGCGAAUGUUGCACAGGAGUGUUGCCGGGAUAUACAGUACGCAUCCUCUCUGUCGAUACCGCAAUUGAUGCUGAGCUGGGGAAUCUGGAUCGAGGGCCUGUGUUCACAAGAUUGCUUGCCAUCAUCCGCAAACGGUGGUUUGCCGCAGGUCUCACAGGCCCGCCCUGUGAAACAUUCAGCGCAGCUAGGCAUAUCGCAUUGGAAGGAUGUCGUCAUCCUCGUCCUCUUCGGUCGGCUACAUGUCCGUGGUUGCUUGAGGGCCGCUCCUCUAGAGAGCUUUUUCAAACAUUGAUUGGUUCGCGCCUCUUCAUGCACUCCAUCAUUGCCGAGGUCUCUCUCGUGUUGGCCGGUGCUGGCUCCCUGAUGGAGCAUCCCGCCGAACAUCCAGAUGAAGAACGGGCAUCGGUAUGGCGCACACAGUGCCAUAGUGAGUGGGUCAUGAAGCUCCCGGACGCCUGGCAGCACCGAAUUGAACAAUGGCAGUAUGGUGCGAUUGGCGUCAAGCCUACAACGCUACGUGCGCUGAAUAUGGGUCCACCUCAUAUCGUGCAUCAGGUGUUGCAAACCAAUCGUGAUCCGCUUGCGCUUCGUCCUUGCAAUCCUCUUCGCGGACGCACUGACGACGGCUCAUUCCGGACGGCUGCGGCCAAGGAGUACCCAGUCGGACUGUGUAGGACGCUUGUUUUGGCCACUUUGGAAAGUCUUAAAUAUAAGAUAUCCCACUGUGGCACCUGCACAGCUGCCGACCUCUCUGAUUCUGAGAGUGCUUGGCUGAAUUCACUGUACACAAAGGCAUGCAAUGCCAGUCUUUCAGGAAGAUUUCUUCCGGAUUUUCAAGGCUGA